AUGGUGUAUUAUUUUACAGCGCGUAUUAGCAAUGGUGAUGACGAUGGUUUAUCAGACAUGAUUACGCCUAGUGAGUCUACCUCACAUACAAUUUACAUGGGUAAAGACAAGUUUGAAAAUGAUCCAUUAAUCAAACACUCACAUCCCAAAAACAUUUGGUUUCAUGUAGACAACCAUUCUUCAGCUCAUUUAUACCUACAGCUAACUAAAGACCAAAUCAUGAAUUGGAAAUCCUUUGGUGAUUUCACCAUCAAUGAUGACUUGCUUACGCAUCUAGCACAACUUACAAAAGCCAAUUCCAUAAAAGCUAAUAAAUUAAACAACAUCACCAUUAUCUACACACCAGUGGAAAACUUGCACACUGAUGGAUCAAUGGAUACGGGUACUGUUACUUUUAAGAACCCCAAAUUGGUGAAACGAAUCAAGAUUGCUAAACGAGAUAAUGCCAUUGUAAAUAAAUUGACCAAAACCAAGACUGAACAAUCAACUCAAGAGUUUAUCAAGUCACAAGAGGAGUUGGCGAGACAGAUUGCUAAACAUAGGAAAUUACAAGAAGCAAAAGAGAAGGAAUUGAGUUUACAAUAUGCUCAACAGAAACAAACCAAUUCUGAUCCAUAUGCUGAUUUAUUCAAAAAGGAAGAGCUUGAAAAAAGUAGCAAUGAUAGGCGACAAGAAAAUUGGGAUGAAGAUGAUUUUUGGUAA